GAGGGUUCUUGAAUGGUAAACAAGCCGAGCAGAGAGAGGGGGCUGAAAUAUAGGCGUCCAGUCGACAGUACACUGUUUGAUUUUAAUUGGGCGUCAUAUUAAUGUUCUAGACUAGGGGUAGGCAAAAUGUGUGACGCGUCCUCGAAUGAGGUUCAAAUUAGAACGGGCUUGUUAUAGUCAGGAUGACCAAGCAUGCAACUCAGUCAAAUUCGAGCAUAGGGUGACGAAUAAUGCAUACCGUUUAGAUGCAGCAGUAUAUCGCGGUGUAGAUAAGACACCUGUUUAUUGUGAAAACACUUUCGCUUUGCGUUUCGACUCUUUCGCGGGGGAACUGUCAUUUCACGGUGAGAACAUCCUUUUUAUUUCUGGGUUUCGAUAGUAACGUGCAUGCAUACUGGUGCAAACAUGGAGAAUGAUUGCGAUAGAAACGAUCAAAAGCAAGACGUCAAGAAGACAGAGGGGUGUUUUGAAAGGACACGUUCAGCAUUAACUGUGGAUGACGUAUACGAAAUAGCUAAAUUGAUUGGCUCGGAAGUGGAAAAACUUAUUGACCGCUACGGUAAAGAGAGCGUCACAGUACUGGUGCCUAAAAUAGUCAAAGUUCUAGAGCUUUUGGAGAGCUUCGCCUUGCUGAACCAUGCACACAAGUCAAAAGAAGAAGAAUUACUUAAAGCAUUCGAAACGCUACAUGUACAGAAACAGAAGACGAGAUCUGUGAAAGAAUGCGAAGAAAGCAGCAAGUACGAAAUACAGCAGGUGAGUCGAUGGUAACAACAUGGUAGUAACAUGGGGACCGAUAAUCCCUCCAGUGACGUAUCGUGUCAAUUAGCGGAUUGUAACAACACUGACGAUAUGUGAUUUGGGGUUGCUGCUACAUUGUAGCAAUUAAAUUGUUUUGACGGCUAGGCUACAAUUUAACAACUAUGCUACUCGCUGCACGUCAGUAUGCCACGUUAUUCAUCAUGCCCAUUUAGUGGCAAGUGACAGCUCACCAUAUAUAUUUGGUAUCUGUGUGACGUAGAGUGUAGACCUACCACUGGCAACUAUUCCCCCACAUAGAGAAGGCUACAUUUUAAUUGUAUUAGUAGCCUAAACGAAAUGUAGCCUGUAUGUCGUUUUUGUUAUGUAACAUCAUGGAAUGGUGUGUUCAGAAUGGACGCUCGUAGUGUCGUUAUGAUGUACCUCUUGUGUUUUUCUUGACAGAUCGCUACAUUUGCCACAGUAUGUGAAUGGUAUAUUUAAGCAAUAAGUCCCGAGGAGGUGCGGUAUAUUGCCAAUAUAUACGCCUGGACACAGCCCUUAUCCGUGGUCUAUUGGCCAUAUAUCACAACCCCCUGAAGUGCCUUAUUGCUAUUAUAAACUGGUUACCAACCUAAUUAGACCAGUAAAAAUACAUGUUUUGUCAUACCCAUGGUAUAUGGUCUGAUAUACCACGGCUGUCAGCCAAUCAGCAUUCAGGGCUCAAACCACCCAGUUUAUAAUAGCUUAUUUAGUAGUGCUGAGCGAUUAGUGCUUUUUGAGGUGGUUCGAUUAUAAAACAUUUAUCACGGUUUUCGAUUUCAGUUUCGAUACAAAAAAAACAACAUUAAAUGCACUAUGCAUUACGUGGGUUGAAUGCUGUAACAAUGCAGAAUAAAACUAUCAGCAAGUCCCAUGUAAUGGAUGAUGGUCAUUGUAGUUCAUUAUCACAUUUUCUGCAAUAAACUAUGUAGAAUAUUGGCCUGUUGGCAAUUACAACUCUCUAGUACAUCGCACUGUUCGGGCUUGAUCUGAUUUAUCUCUGGAGAAACUGUGCAUUGUACAGUUUUUAAUAUAAAAUAACCAAGGCUAUAUCUCAGUAGAAUUUGGGAAAUCACUGUUAUCUUGUCUGUGAUCUCAAAGGUCAUAGAUUUGAUAUAAGAAGAAACAGUAUGUUGGUACUUCCGCUUGGCCCAUAUACAGUGGGGGGAAAAAGUAUUUAGUCAGCCACCAAUCGUGCAAGUUCUCCCACUUAAAAAGAUGAGAGAGGCCUGUAAUUUUCAUCAUAGGUACACGUCAACUAUGACAGACAAAAUGAGAAAAAAAAUCCAGAAAAUCACAUUGUAGGAUUUUUAAUGAAUUUAUUUGCAAAUUAUGGUGGAAAAUAAGUAUUUGGUCACCUACAAACAAGCAAGAUUUCUGGCUCUCACAGACCUGUAACUUCUUCUUUAAGAGGCUCCUCUGUCCUCCACUCGUUACCUGUAUUAAUGGCACCUGUUUGAACUUGUUAUCAGUAUAAAAGACACCUGUCCACAACCUCAAACAGUCAAACUCCAAACUCCACUAUGGCCAAGACCAAAGAGCUGUCAAAGGACACCAGAAACAAAAUUGUAGACCUGCACCAGGCUGGGAAGACUGAAUAUGCAAUAGGUAAGCAGCUUGGUUUGAAGAAAUCAACUGUGGGAGCAAUUAUUAGGAAAUGGAAGACAUACAAGACCACUGAUAAUCUCCCUCGAUCUGGGGCUCCACGCAAGAUCUCACCCCGUGGGGUCAAAAUGAUCACAAGAACGGUGAGCAAAAAUCCCAGAACCACACGGGGGGACCUAGUGAAUGACCUGCAGAGAGCUGGGACCAAAGUAACAAAGCCUACCAUCAGUAACACACUACGCCGCCAGGGACUCAAAUCCUGCAGUGCGAGACGUGUCCCCCUGCUUAAGCCAGUACAUGUCCAGGCCCGUCUGAAGUUUGCUAGAGUGCAUUUGGAUGAUCCAGAAGAGGAUUGGGAGAAUGUCAUAUGGUCAGAUGAAACCAAAAUAUAACUUUUUGGUAAAAACUCAACUCGUCGUGUUUGGAGGACAAAGAAUGCUGAGUUGCAUCCAAAGAACACCAUACCUACUGUGAAGCAUGGGGGUGGAAACAUCAUGCUUUGGGGCUGUUUUUCUGCAAAGGGACCAGGACGACUGAUCCGUGUAAAGGAAAGAAUGAAUGGGGCCAUGUAUCGUGAGAAUUUGAGUGAAAACCUCCUUCCAUCAGCAAGGGUAUUGAAGAUGAAACGUGGCUGGGUCUUUCAGCAUGACAAUGAUCCCAAACACACCGCCCGGGCAACGAAGGAGUGGCUUCGUAAGAAGCAUUUCAAGGUCCUGGAGUGGCCUAGCCAGUCUCCAGAUCUCAACCCCAUAGAAAAUCUUUGGAGGGAGUUGAAAGUCCGUGUUGCCCAGCGACAGCCCCAAAACAUCACUGCUCUAGAGGAGAUCUGCAUGGAGGAAUGGGCCAAAAUACCAGCAACAGUGUGUGAAAACCUUGUGAAGACUUACAGAAAACGUUUGACCUGUGUCAUUGCCAACAAAGGGUAUAUAACAAAGUAUUGAGAAACUUUUGUUAGCCCAUAUCUCCUACAGCUUUCACUACACCACAUGUCUAUGCACCACACACAUUCUUCCACACACCACACCAUGAGCCCUGCUCAUCCCAACACGUUGUUUCUGUUUCUGACUACACUGUCUGUUAUUGGUCUUGUUGGUAUCUUGUUUUUAAAAUGGAGGUCACCAUAACACGUGAAAUGAAAGUUAUAAACACGGGCGUCUUAGGCACGCUUGUUUUUCUCUUUCACUUGGAACAUUCAUCAGCUAGAACUCAGUAGCUAUCAAUAUCUUUGAUUUAAUUAGGAGCCUAUUCUUCCUCACCACCAAGUACCUGUAGACUCCUCUGGUUGUGGGCAAUGAGUUCACUAGAAGUCAAUGGUUAUGGGUACCAUAUAAAUAGAAUGGGUAUGCUGUGUGUCUCCUCCUGACCCAGAGUCAGUGACAGCUCCUCCUUGUCCCCCAGCAGGAGGUGCAGCAGCAGGAGCAGGCGGAGAAGCAGAGGAGGAGGUGCGAGGAGCUGCAGGCCCAAGUGUUACAUCUACAGACGGAGAAUCAGGAGUUACAGAGCUGCCUGAGGGGCAACCAUGCCCAGGAAGGUUGGUUUAAAACACAUAAACACACGUACACACACAUGAUUGGUUUAAACAGCUGCCUUAAGGGCAACGAUACCUAGGGAGGUUGGUUGAUAUAGAACAGCCUUAGAGACACAGCCGGCUGAGGGGCAACCAUGCUAAGGAAGGUUAGUUUAAACAUCUGCCUUAGGGGCAACCAUGCUCAGGAAGGUUAGUUUAAACAUCUGCCUUAUGGUCAACCAUGCACAGGAAGGUUAGUUUAAACAUCUGCCUUAGGGGCAACCCGGCUCAGGAAGGUUAGUUUAAACAUCAUUACCCUUUAUGUUGCACAUAAUAUAUCACACACCUCUUAGAAACAAUCCCCUUCUCACAUGUGUGUAUGCAAACAUACUACCCACCACAUUACAUUACAUUUACAUUUUAGUCAUUUAGCAGACACUCUUAUCCAGAGAGACUUACAGUUAGUGAGUGCAUACAUUAUUUUUUUAUUACUGGCCCCCCGUGGGAAUCAAACCCACAACCCUGGCGUUGCAAACGCCAUGCUCUACCAACUGAGCUACAUCCCUGCCGGCCAUUCCCUCCCCUACCCUGGACGACGCUGGGCCAAUUGUGCGCCGCCCCAUGGGUCUCCCGGUCGCGGCCGGUUACGACAGAGCCUGGAUUCGAACCAGGAUCUCUAGUGGCACAGCCACUGUGCCACUCGGGAGGCCACUCAUCUCCCUCUCGGAUACGUACCAGGUUGUACGCACUCCUGAGAUCUAAUUUAGUGAAGAAGCGCACUCCAUGCAAUGACUCAACCACUGAUGGAAUGAGGGGGAGAGGAUAACUAAAUCUAAUCGUCUCCUUGUUCAGUGGUCGAUAGUCAAUGCACGGGCGCAGACCGCCGUCUUUCUUCUUCACAAAAAAGAAACUUGAGGAGGCGGGUGAAGUGGAGGGACGUAUGUACCCCUGGUGCAGGGACUCGGUGACGUAUGUUUCGAUAGCCUCCGUCUCCGCCUGCGACAGAGGAUACACAUGACUCCUGGGAGGUACAGCGUCUACCCGAAGGUUUAUUGCGCAAUCCCCCGCCCGAUGAGGUGGCAAUUUAGUGCCAGAUCAUGGUAUUCGGGGGGAAUGCGCACGGUGGAGGCACCGUCUGGACUUUCCCUGACACUCUCGGACCACCCUGUGAGAACCCUCUGCGGCCAUGAGAAAGUGGGGUUGUGGAGUGCUAGCCACGGAAUACCUAACACCACAGGGAAAACAGGAGAAUCAAUGAGGAAAAAGUGACAUGCUUUCACGCUGUGAUCAUGGUGACGUGGUCCUCUGUAUUGGUGAGCACCGGUACGCUGUAGUGGGUUGAUCCCGGGACCACCUACACCUUUUUUAUGCGCAUGACGUAGUCGCUUUGGAUAAAAGACCCUAAAUGGCUUUUUAUUUUAUAUAUUACCGUGACUUCCUUUAUAACCCGGACCCUAAAUGGUCGACUAUCAAGUGCUCUGGGGCGUGGAAUGGAUAGCGGGAACUAAUGAAAUGCCCAUGGGGGCGUGCAAAAGUUUUAUCCAAUAAAGUUCCCAGCUGCGCCUGAAUCUACUAGCGCCUUACACUUGGGAACUCUCAUGUAAUCAGGGAAGUAUAUGGGUAUGGUACAGUGCGCAGCAGAGGGCUCUGAACAAGUGUGGGUGCUCAAUACCUGGGUGAUGUGAGAGGUGCCCUGCCGGCCGCCUCCUGACCCAAAAGAGCGCUGACGACAACGUGUGGUGGAAUGUUCCUUCGUGCCAUCCGAUUGCCACUGGCGCUCUCUCGGUGCGCGGUACCACCCAGCUCCAUGAGCUCUGGAUCCGCGUUGGUCGGGGCGGGAACGGGCAGACCUCCUCCAGGACGUCCUCUGGUUGCCAGCAGGUUAUCCAGACGAAUGGCCUUGUCCACCAGUUCGGUAAAAGACAAACUGGUGUCACGGCAGGCUAGCUCCCGUCGGACGUCCUCCCGUAGAUGGCACCGGAACUGGUUGAUCAGGGCCCGCUCGUUCCUGUUGCCAGAAUCCGGAACUCCAGCGCGAACUCCUGUACUGUCCUCGUCCCCUGCCUCAAGUGGACCAGCCGCUCACCCGCCUCUCGACCCUCGGGCGGGUGAUCGAAAACCGCCCGAAAUAGGCGGGCAAACUCCCUGUAGUCCUCCAACGCGGCUCCUCCUUCUCUCCAAACCACGUUGGCCCACUCCAGGGAUUUCCCCGAGAGGCAGGAAAUGAGGACGGACACCUGCUCUCGAUCUGAUGGCACCGGCCUGACACUGGAGCAGUACAGCUCCAGUUGGAGAAGGAAUCCCUGACAUAGAGCCGGCGUCCCAUCGAACGCUCGUGGUCGAGAUAUCUGGAUCCCUCCGGGUGCUGUGAUGUAGGUGGCUGGAUCCGGUUCCUCUUCUCUCCAGGCGUUGGACGACCUGAAGAACCCGAUCCAUCGCUUCCCCCAAGCUGGCCAGCAUAGUGGAAUGUUCCUGGACCCUUGCCACUAUUCCAGGCAUGCGCUCCUCUCCUGCCGACUCCAUAAAGGUGAGUGAUUCUGUGAUGAGGUGUGAAUGACGGAGUCAGAUGCAGGAGGUAAAACACCAAAAUCCAGAGUUUAUUCAGUGUACAUGAAUAAAGCACAGCAAGCGUCAAAACGAAACUAGCACAAGGGAAAAAUCCACCUUGGCUACAUACAAGGAAAGAGUAGCUCAACCGAGCUACUCACUCUCACAAUGAACAAUCACUCACAAAGGACAAGGGGGCAGAGGGAACACUUAUACACAGACUAAUGAGGGAAUGAGUACCAGGUGUGUGUGAUUGACAAGACAAGACAAAUGGAGUGAUGAUAAAUGGAGUGGUAGUGGCUAGUAAGCCGGUGACGACGAACGCCGAAACCGGCCCGAGCAAGGAGGAGGGGCAGCCUCGGCUGAAUUCGUGACAGAAACAAGGAGGGACUUCCUGGACUUGUCCAAUAAGAAACGGAAACAUUAAUUUCCGUUUUACGUUGAUAUUAUUUAUAUAUAUAAAAAUAUAUAUAUAAUUGUGCCCUAAUGAUGUUCUCUCUGAUCCGUCUGUUGACCAUUGAAUACCCACAGUAACGAUAUUGCAUUGUUGUGGUCCUGUGUUCCAGACCGUGUCCAACGGCAGGAGCGGGAGGUGAUGCUGAAACUGAAGGUGGUGGUUGACAAGCAGAGAGAUGAGCUGAGGGCCAAAGUACAGCAGAUAGCCAGCGUUACUAAAGAGGUGGAGGCGGUAAGGACAAGAAGACUACAUGUACAGUCCAUCUGAAUGCAAGUGUACCCAGACACGCUUCAGCUUGCACGCACGCACACACACACACACACACACACACACACACACACACACACACACACACACACACACACACACACACACACACACACACACACAGACACACAGACACACACACACACCCCUGGGCACAGUGGCACAGUGAUUGUAUCCAUACUCUGAAGGUCAGCCAAUAGCCUGUCAUGAGUGGGGAGGUGUCAUAAACAGCCGAUAGGAAGUCUGUCUCUCAGCAGUGAAUCAGGGAGCAGUACGGCCUGGUAUGGGAAUUGCUCUGUCCACGACCGCAAGGCCCUCCAGCGGGUGGUGAAGAUGGCCCAGUAUAUCACUGGGACCGUGCUCCCACCCAUCCAGGACAUCUACUCGAAACCGUGCCUGAGGAAUGCCCGCAGCAUCAUCAAGGACCCCACAAACCUCAACCACGAGCUGUUCACUAUCUCACCGUCGGGCAGAUGGUAUCAGAGCAUGAGAUCUGAUACCAACAGGCUCAGAGACAGUUUCUAUCUACAAGCCAUCAGACUGCUGAACACUUGAACUGGACUGACCACCUGCUCUGAUUCUCUGCACCUUAGCACACAUGCACUCACUCACGCACACACCCACACAGACACACACACACACACACACACACACACACACACACACACACACACACACACACACACACAUAUAUACACUGAGUGUACAAAACAUUAGGAACACCUCCCUGAUAUUGAGUUGCACCCCCUUUUGCCCUCAGAACAGCCUCAAUUCGUCGAGCAUGGACUCUACAAGGUGUCGAAAGCGUUCCACAGGGUUGCUGGCCCAUGUUGACUCCAAUGCUUCCCACGGUUGUGUCAAGUUGGCUGGAUGUCCUUUGGGGGGUGGACCAUUCUUGAUACACACGGGAAACUGUUGAGCGUGAAAAACCCAGCAGCGUUGCAGUUCUUCACACACUCAAACCGGUGCACCUGGCACCUACUACCAAACCCCUUUCAAAAGCAAUUAAAUAUUUUGUCUUUCCCAUUCACCCUCUGAAUGGCACACAUACACAAUCCAUGUCUCGUUAACCUGUCUCCUCCACUUCAUCUACGCUGAUUUAAGUGGAUUUAACAAGUGACAUCAAUAAGGGAUCAUAGCUUUCACCUGGAUUCACCUGGUCAGUCUAUGUCAAAGAAAGAGUUCCUAAUGUUUUGUACGCUCAGUGUACAUUCAUGUUACACACACAUCCCAACUGCUACUACCAGACUCUUAUUAUGAUCGCUAAAUACUGCACAAUUUAAACACUUGCCACCCAAUCCCCCCUUCCCCAAAACAUGUGUAAAUAUUGGACUAUAAAUUGUGUAUUAUACUUACGCUAAAAUGUUUAUUCUAUUCUACUGAGCCAUUUACUUUAUGUUCAUAUUCUUAUCUUUUCUUAUUUCUUAUUGUUGUUGCAUUGUUGAGGAGGAACCUGCAAGUAUGCAUUUAAUUUGACGGGGUAUACCAUGUGUAUCCUGUACAUACGACUAAUAAAACUUGAAACUGAAACAGUACUGGCAUAAUAGUCAUGGUUAUUGGUUUGUGCUGAGCAUCACCUUGGAGACAUGUCUGGGCCAUGACUCCACUCCCCUAUUCACAGCAGCUCUCUCUGUCACAGAGUAAUGGUUUUAAACUCCAGCUCGAGCUGGGUGAGUUUGUUUAUGUUUCUAGGCUUUUCAGCUUACCUAGAGAUGUGGGCCUCCUCAAUUAAGUUUGCUGAAAAUGAUGCUUGAACGUGUUUUUCUGUUCAUGGGAGUAACCAGUGUUGUCCCCCUGUGUUUGUGUAAUAUGGUCUCCCCUUACUCCCAUUGAGUCCCUUCACCCCCAACAAGGCCCACUAUGAUAUCUAGCAUAUCAUAUAAUCGGCCUGGAUGUGUAUGCGUGUGUAUGUAUGUAAUGUGAGUGUUAUAUUAGGGUGUUUUUUCAUACCUGUGUGUGUGUGUACAGCUGCAGGAGCAUUUGGAGCGCUUCAUGAAGAUGAAUGGGGAGCUGAGACACAAGCAGAGCAUCGUCACGGCCCAGGUGAAGGGUGCUGUGGAGAGGAAGGCUGACAUGGAGGCAGACCUCCGAGAGAAACAGAAAGAGAUAGAACGCCUCACCAUCCAGCUGGAAAAGGCCAACGCUGCUGCUGGCACAGUAAGAAGUGUGUCUGUGUGUUUGUCCCUUGUUGAAAAAGCAAGCAUUAAUUUCCAUUUUUGAAUUGGCCUUGGACCUCAUAUUAUAUUUAAGCAAAAAUGCCAGAGGGGGUGUGGUAUGUUGGCCAUAUACCUCAAACCCCUAAGGUGCCUUAUUGCUAUUAUAAACUGAUUAUCAACAUAAAUAGAACAGUAAACAUGUAUUCUUGAGUCAUACCCAUGGUAUACUGUCUGAUAUACACACAGCUGAAAUGCUGUUUCAGCCAAUCAAUGUCCAGGACCCAAAGUACCCCAUUUAUAAUACUACAUAAGCAUUAGUCAUCCAGAGUGGUGUAUUCUGACUCACUUUACUGACUUGUUUGUUACACCUUGUCGUCAUUUCUCUAGAUAACUUUUAGUGUCCUGCCCUCUCCCUCAGUUUAUUUUGUAGCUGAACUUUAAUCUUUAAACAUUUGUCACUGUCCUCUCUCUGCCGAGUCUUACACUUGGCCUUUGUUUUCUCUAAACUCUUCUACCUGUAAAAGAAGCUGUAGCCAUUUUGAAAUAUUUGUUAUGACUAAGAUAAGAGAAACUAAGGUCAUAUCCGUGACUUCUCUCUCUGACAAAGGAGUUAACUCAUUGUUGUGAGAGGAAAACAGAUACACCGUUGGCACAAGAUGUACAUGUACAGUACAUGUCAAAAGUUUGGACACACCUACUCCUUGAAGGGUUUUCUUUAUUUUUACUAUUUUCUACAUUGUAGAAUAAUAGUGAAGACAUCAAAACUAUGAAAUAACACAUAUGGAAUCAUGCAGUAACCAAAAAAGUGUUAAACAAAUCAAAAUAUAAAUUAUUGCCUUGAUGACAGCUCUUGGCAUUCUCUCAAUCAGCUUCACCUGGAAUGCUUUUCCAACAGUCUUGAAGGAGUUCCCAUAUAUGCUGAGCACUUGCUGGCUGCUUUUCCUUCACUCUGCCGUCCGACUCAUCCCAAACCAUCUCAAUUUGGUUAAGGUUGGGGAAUUGUGGAGGCCAGGUCAUCUGAUGCAGCACUCCAUCACUCUCCUUCUUGAUAAAAUAGCCCUUACACAGCCUGGAGGUGUGUUGGGUCAUUUUCCUGUUGAAAAACAAAUGAUAGUCCCACUAAGCCCAAACCAGAUGGGAUGGCGUAUCGCUGCAGAAUGCUGUGGUAGCCAUGCUGGUUAAGUGUGCCUUGAAUUCUAAAUAAAUCACAGACAGUGUCACCAGCAAAGCACAUUUACAUUUUACAUUUUAGUCAUUUAGCAGACGCUCUUAUCCAGAGCGAUUUACAGUUAGUGAGUGCAUACAUUUUUCAUACUGGCCCCCCGUGGGAAUCGAACCCACAACUCUGGCGUUGCAAACGCCAUACUCUACCAACUGAGCUACACAGGGCAAUAAAACCUUGCCUGGAAAUGCAAGACACAGAUGACUAUAAGCACGAUUAGCAGUCAUACAUUCUGUAGCACUCGAUUGCUCCACAUUGAACGGCCCACUCCUUUCAGACAAAUUAUGCAGUAGUGCUGCUGUAGUAAUAACAAAAUAAUAAAAAAAUAACAGCAAAUAUGAUCACAAGAGGGGAAAAAACUAACACGCUUCACUUCAGAGUUCUGGUGCUGAUAGGAACAUGUUCUUUCCAAACUCUAAAAGCUAGGACUAUGAAUACUACAUUUAUCAAAUACUCCAAGUGCAAGAUAUGUCCACAGUCCACUAUCUUACCUAGAUAGAAACAACUAUGUUCUCAGAAAUAAAAACUACUUCAGGCCAAACUGAGCUGCUUUGAACUUGUGGUCAAGUUCCUGGAGAAUGUCAAGUUCGUGGCAGGGGAGUACUUCAAGUGUUUAAGUAACUAUUGUUCACAUUCACACUCAACCCAAUCACUCUCACUCUCACACACACACACGCACACACGCACACACACACACAAAAAAAUAUAUAUAUAUAUAUAUAUUCGCAUUGUGGUCCUAAGGUUACUAAUAGGAUAGCCUGUACGACUUACAAGGACCAGCCUAGAAACACAUUUGAGCCAUGGCUGCCCUAAAGACACAGGUAGUAACAUCUGGACCAGGGAUAAAGCACACCAACCACUGGUCCACCAGAAAAACGGCAAGUAGCUUAGUGGUUAAGAGCGUUGUGGCAGUAACCGAAAGGUCGCUGGUUCUAAUCCCCUGGCCGACUAGGUGAAAAAUCUGUUGAUGUACCCUUGAGCAAGUUGCUUAACCCUAAUUGCUCGUGUAAGUCGCUCUGGAUAAGAGCGUCUGCUAAAAAAAAUAAAAAUAAAAACAAGAGCCAAGCUAUCAAUAGGAAAAUAAAAGGAAACCAAAAAGGAAACCGGAGGCAUCAACUUUCACUGCAUGACAAGCAGAAACAUAUUAAGCUUAAGGAGUCACUAGACUUUUAAAAACACAGUUCAUAGAUUUAGUACAAAGGUACUAAAAUGUAUUGUAAGUUUAACAUCUGAGUAAUGCAUGACUUAAAAGUCACCCCUUCAAAAUAAAAGCUUGUCUAAGAUUACCCAAAAAUAUUCAGGUAAAGUCAUGAGGAAAGCCAGCCAAAGCCUCGCGGGGGAAAUAGACACACACGCACACACUCUUCAACCUCUAUCUUGGAAAUGCAUAUAUUCAAGCAGCAAUACAAAAAAAUAUCCAUGAAGUAUAUACGCAUAUUCUCUGAAAAAAACAAAUAAUGUAUGAAAACAUCCCUGCUAUCAUGUCUCUAAAUACAAAACCUCUACCAAUAACUUGCUUCAGUGUAACAAGAGAAGUCAUUUUUCCUCUUUUCUUUUGUCUUUUUAUCAGUCCUUUCAAAACAGGUUAAAAUUUCAGUCCUCAGGUGUGAAUGGUAUGGAUGACUGUCUUCUUUUCGUCGUUAAAAUCGUUGUCUUUUUUUUCCUCUCAUAUACUUGAAGAAGUUGUAAGCAUGCAAGCCUCAGAGUGGGCAGAGGCGUUGACGGGGCGGGCUAGUGGCGGUGCUGAAGUCUUAGGCCAGGACCGGGAAGGCCUCUGGGUCGUCAACGUUGGGAACGGACAAUCCACCCGGCUUUUCAGGUCGAACUCCCCCGGGCCGAGCCGGCCGGUCGGAUCGGCCUCAUCCUCCACUGCUGCCUCCCCGUCCUCCACGGGCUCCCCCACACCAUAACACCUCCUCCUCCAUGCUUUACGGUGGGAACUACACAUACAGAGAUCAUCUGUUCACCCACACCGCGGCUCACAAAGACACGGCGGUUGGAACCAAAAAUCUCAAAUUUGGACUCCAGACCAAAAGACACAUUUCCACCUGUCUAAUGUCCAUUGCUCGUGUUUCUUAGCCCAAGCAGGACUCUUCUUCUUAUUGGUGUCCUUUAGUAGUGGUUUCUUUGCAGCAAUUCAUCCACGAAGGCCUGAUUCACACAGUCCCCUCUGAACAGUUGAUGUUGAGAUUUCUGAGGCUGGUAACUCUAAUGAACUUAUCCUCCGCAGCAGAGGUAACUCUGGGUCUUCCAUUCCUGUGGCGGUCCUCAUGAGUGCCAGUUUCAUCAUAGCGCUUGAUGGUUUUUGCGACUGCACUUGAAGAAACUUUCAAAGUUCUUGAAAUUUUCCGUAUUGACUGACCUCCAUGUCUUAAAGUAUUGAUGGACUGUUGUUUUUCUUUGCUUAUUUGAGCUGUUUACAUUUUAGUCAUUUAGCAGACGCUCUUAUCCAGAGCGACUUACAGUUAGUGAAUACAUAUUUUUUUUAUACUGGCCCCCCGUGGGAAUCGAACCCACAACCCUGGCGUUGCAAACGCCAUGCUCUAUCAAAUGAGCUACAUCCCUGCCGGCCAUUCCCUCCCCUACCCUGGACGACGCUGGGCCAAUUGUGCGCCGCCCAUGAGUCUCCCGGUCGCGGCCGGCGGCGACAGAGCCUGGAUUCGAACCAGGAUCUCUAGUGGCACAGUUAGCACUGCGAUGCAGUGCCUUAGACCACUGCGCCACUCAGGAGCUGUUCUUGCCAUAAUAUGGAGUUGGUCUUUUACCAAAUAGAGCUAUCUUCUGUAUACCCCCUACAAAUUCCACAAAUUAACUUUUAAGAAGGCACACCUGUUAAUUGAAAUGCAUUCCAGGUGACUACCUCAUGAAGCUGGUUGAGAGAAUGCCAAGAGUGUGCAAAGCUGUCAUCAAGGCAAAGGGUGACUAUUUGAAGAAUCUAAAAUAUUAAAUAUAUUUUGAUUUGUUUAACACUUUUUUGGUUACUACAUCAUUCCAUAUGUGUUAUUUCAUAGUUUUUAUAUCUUCACUAUUAUUCUACAAUGUAAACAAUAGUAAAAUAAAGAAAAACCCUUGAAUGAGUAAGUGUGUCCAAACUUUUGACUGGUAGUGUAUGUAUUGUCCACGUACAGUAUAAUGUGACUAAGAAGUCUUACUACAAGAAAAAUGUUAUUUUAACUUUGUAAUAAUCACACAUACAGUGCAUUCGGAAAGUAUUAAAACCCCUUGACUUUUUCCACAUUUUGUUAAGUACAGCCUAAUUCCAAAAUUGAUUAAAUUGUUUUUUCCCCUAAUCAAGCAGCACACAAUACCCCAUAAUGACAAAGCAAAAACAGGUUAAAAAAUUUUUCUGCAAAUGUAUAGAAAUAAACAACUGAAAUAUCACAUUUACAUAAGUAUUUAGACCCUUUACUCAGUACUUUGUUGAAGCACCUUUGGCAGCGUUUACAGCCUCGAGUCUUCUUGGGUAUGAUGCUACAAGCUUGGCACACCUGUAUUUCGGGAGUUUCUCUCAUUGUUCUCUGCAGAUCCUCUCAAGAUCUGUCAGGUUGGAUGGGGAGCAUCACUGCACAGCUAUUUUCAGGUCUCUCCAGAGAUGUUAGAUUGGGUUCAAGUCUGGGCUCUGGCUGGGCCACUCAAGGACAUUCAGAGAAUUGUCCCAAAGCCACUCCUACGUUGUCUUGACCGUGUGCUUCGGGUUCUUGUCCUGUUGGAAGGUGAACCUUUGCCCCAGUCUGAGGUCCUGAGCGCUCUGGAGCAGGUUUUCAUGAAGGAUCUCUCUGUACUUUGCUCCGUUCAUCUUUCUCUCAAUCCUGACUAGUCUCUCAGUCCCUGCCGCUGAAAAACAUCCCCACAGCAUGAUGCUGCCACCACCAUGCUUCACCGUAGGGAUGGUGCCAGGUUUCCUCCAGACGUGACGCUUGGCAUUCAGGCCAAAGAGUUCAAUCUUGGUUUCAUCAGACCAGAGAAUCUUGUUUCUCAUGGUCUGAGAUUCCUUUAGGUGCCUUUUGGCAAACUCCAAGCGGGAGUGGCUUCCGUCUAGCCACUCUACCAUAAAGGCCUGAUUGGUGGAGUGCUGCAGAGAUGGUUGUCCUUCUGGAAGGUUCUCCCAUCUCCACAGAGGAACUCUGGAGCUCUGUCAGAGUGACCAUCGGGUUCUUGGUCACCUCCCUGACCAAGGCCCUUCUUCCCCGAUUGCUCAGUUUGGCCGGGCGGCCAGCUCUAGGAAGAGUCUUGGUGAUUCCAAACUUCUUCCAUUUAAGAAUGAUGGAGGCCACUGUGUUCUUGGGGACCUUCAAUGCUGCAGAAUGUUUUGGUAUCCUUCCCCAGAUCUGUGCCUCAACACAAUCCUGUCUUGGAGCUCUAUGGACAAUUCCUUCGACCUCAUUGCUUGGUUUUUCCUCUGACAUGCACUGUCAACUGUGGGACCUUAUAUAGACAGGUGUGUGCCUUUCCAAAUCAUGUCCAAUCAAUUGAAUUUACCACAGGUGGACUCCAAUCAAGUUGUAGAAACAUCUCAAGGAUGAUCAAUGGAAACAGGAUGCACCUGAGCUUAAUUUCGAGUAUCAUAGCAAAGGGUCUGGUAUUUCUAUUUUUUAUUUGUAAUACAUUUGCAAACAUUGUUGUUAUGAGUUAUUCUGUGUAGAUUGCUGAGGGGAAAAAAAUAAUUUAAUCCAUUUUAGAAUAAGGCUGUAACGUAACAAAAUGUUAAAAAAGUAAAGGGGUCUGAAAACUUUUUUUGGGAUAAUUUCAUAGAAUGUGAAGUUCACUGAAUGUGUUAUACCAGGUGAACAACAUUUUGUUUCCCUUUGCCAUAAAACACAACUGUCAUUACAUGAACAAAAUUGUGAUAGUCCAGCUGUGUUUUCUCCACCCCAACAGGCCAGUCCGUGUAAGACAGAAGUGGACCUGACAGGCAAGCUGGUGAUAGACCUGAAGGACCCCAACAGACCCUGUUUCACCAAACAGGAGGUCAGAGAGAUGCUGACAGAGAGGAAUGAGCUCAAAGCCAACCUGUUCCUGGUGCAGGAGGAACUCUCCUACUACCAGAGGUAGGUACUAUAGGGUGUGUGUUUGUUUGUGUGUGUGUGUGUCGGGGGGGAUAUGAGUGUGUGUGUAUGUGUUUACAUGUUUGUUUGUUUGUGUUUGUCUAGUUUCAUACCUGUGUGUGUAUGUACUGACUUGUGUGUCAUAUGUGUCAUCCACACAGGGAGAUCCUGAAUGAUGAGCGGUGUCCAGGCUUCUUGCUGGAGGCAGUACGUUCUGCCAUAAAGAAACAGAAAACUGUCAUCAAGGCCAAGAUGCUGGGCAUGCCAGAGGACGAAUGCAGCAGGUGACACUGACUCACACACACGGGUACACACACACACACACACACACACACACACACACACACACAGGUACUCACACAUACACAUGCGCGUACACACACACACACACACACAAAGACACAGUGCUAACUUUGUGGAUGUGCUUUCUUUGAACAGUGAUGAGGAGAAAGCCCCCGUGUUUGAGAGGAGAGCAGAGACAGAAACCGAGACAGACAGCACUGACAGCAAACCACAAGAGUCUCGCAUCAGGAACCUGUAUGUACUACUGACCUGUUUUUACUCAUGUAAACAACACAUAGCUAUUUACAUACAGAAAUGUAAACAUGUUUAAAGCACAUUUACAACAUUCAUAGAAACCCAAUCAGAAGAUAGUUCUAGAAAUUUGGUAUGAAUAGUUGCUUGUUACAAUGUUGUUACUCUGGUAAACUGACGCAGGGCCUGGUUUUGUUGGAGAAUUCCUGCAAUAGCCUAAUUUGCAAUGACAAUGAGCCUCAGUUAACUAUGCAGUGCCCUACCAUAACCCUUACUCCAAGGCCACUGAUUGUCUAGGCAAAGUUGAGGCAGGUCUGUGGUUGGUUAGACCGGUUUGGCUUCUUUCAUAGGCCUCCAGCAUCCGUGAAUCAUUCCAUCAACUUGUUGCUAUGUCUUGAAUCCUGAUUAUAUUGUCUGUCUGGUCUCCUGAUAAUACUGUUGAGUGUCUAUGUUUACCUCUAGGCAGAAAGACAAACACAUGCUUCUGCUUUGUUCACUGUUCUGCUCUGUUUACCUUCAACCUAUAGCUUUCACAGCACCUGCUGAUGCCUCUGACUAAGCCCAUUGAAAUAAACAUAGACUACUCCCCCUGCUGGUGUAAGCAGGGACUACCUCAUAUCUACAGAAUGUAGUACUGCAUGUAAUCUCAGAAACCCUGACCAGAACCAAAUUUCACAUGCACGCUUACCGUUUAAUGAUCACGGCCGGUCACAAGACACUAUGCGGCAUAUAACCUCAGACACUGUAGUAGUGUGUAGGAACUACUAGGAAGCAGAACAACUCAGUCUUUCAGACAAUAUCUCUGACCUGUGAACUGUGUUGUGUUGUCUCCUCUCCUGUGUGUAGCUUUAGUUUCUUCUGAUAGCUGAUCCUAGACCUGUGUUGUCUCCUAGCUUUGGCUUCCUGACCCGCUCAGGCAGCAACCACAGCAGCCGUAGUCCCAGUGAAAACAACGCUGCUUCUUCCUGGGAAAUCAUCGACGACUCCGAGACCACCGCGGAGACAGAACCCCAACGAUCACCAUGACAACCCUCAACACCCGUCCAACUACACUUAUAAUAUAUAAUGCCAUUUAGCAGACGCUUUUAUCCAAAGCGACUUACAGUCAUGUGUGCAUAAAUGUUUGCGUAUGGGUGGUCCUGGGGAUGGAACCCACUACCCUGGCGUUACAAGCGCCGUGCUCUACCAGCUGAGCUACAGAGGACCACACUUUCCAUUCUGUUCGGGUUUCACUGGAUGUUUUAUACUGUUUAGGUCUCCAUAGCCGCCCUAAGAAAGGAAGAGCAUUCUCUCAUGCCUUCCCUCUUUCUUUUUUAUUACCCCCUCGUCCUUGCUCUACAUAACUUUAUCUUCCUCUCUCUCUUUCUCUUUCUCUCCCUCUGUUUCUCUCAGGAAAAGGUUCAGAA